GUUUAUUUUGAAACGCUGUUCCAGCGCGACUGUAAAGAUGCUACUCUCGCGCAUGCGCAAAAGAAGAGCCGUCUCGUCAUGGCGGACACCGGCUGGCCCAGCUGCGCAAGAAGUUUAAAAGGCGUCAUACUGGACAUGUGUGGAGUCUUGUAUGACGGCGGGGAGGGCGACGGGGUGGCCAUUCCCGGCUCCGUCGAGGCCGUGAGGAGGCUCAAAGCUUCCGACCUGAAGCUGAGAUUCUGCACCAACGAGACGCAAGCAGUGAGAGAGAAGUUUGUGGCCAAACUUCAAAGAUUGGGAUUUGAUAUUUGUGUCACUGAGGUCUUCUCUCCUGCACCUGCAGCCGUUGCUGUGCUUCGGGAAAGGGGGCUGCGGCCCCACCUGCUGGUGUAUGACGCACUCAUGCCCGAGUUUGACGGCAUAGACAAGAGCGAUCCCAAUUGCGUGGUGAUCGGCGACGCUGCUGAAAAGUUCUCCUACGCCAACAUGAAUGAGGCGUUUAGGGUUCUGAUCGGCCUGGAGAAGCCGACCCUGUUCUCUCUCGGCAAAGGAAAGUACUACAAGGAGACAGACGGGUUGAAGCUGGAUGUGGGAGUUUACACGAAGGCCCUGGAGUACGCCUGUGACGUGGAGGCAGAGGUCAUCGGGAAGCCGUCCGCUACGUUCUUCAUGAGCGUCCUCAACGACAUGGCGCUCCAGCCACAUGAGGUGAUGAUGAUAGGUGAUGAUCUGGUGAACGACAUUGGCGGCGCCCAGCAAGUCGGAAUGAAAGGCGUGCAAGUCCGAACGGGAAAAUACAGGCCCAGCGACCAGCGGCACCCGACCGUCACUGCGGAUGGGACGGCCGACCACCUGGCCCAGGCUGUGGACGUGAUCCUCAGCCGCAGGGGCAAGCCCUGAGCUUUUGCCGUCGCGUUGGAACCGCUCCACGAUAUGGACCUCCAAAACCAGAUCACAGUACGGUACGGUGUGUCUGUACGGAUUGGACUUGGUUGACUCAACUUGUAGUUGCUUUCGUAGAACGAUCAAUGACACGACCCCGACCCCCCCCCCCCCCCCACAAAAAAAACCCUCCCACAUAUAAGAAUCCAAUCCGAAAGUAGGUCAUAGUCUCGUUCCGUGUGAAAGUGUCACAACUGGGCUCAAUCAAACCAACGAGUCGUUCCUUUCAUAGAAUCGGCAAAAACUGAUGCUGCCGUUCCAGAGUGACCUUGGUUUCAUUACCUGGGGUGGAGUUUAGUGUCAUACCGGCCGCAUCAAUGAACGCUCGCCUCGCAAUAGUCUGGCUUUGGUGCCGUGCUUACCAAGUGGACCAAAAAAAAAAAAAAGUAUUGGGACUUGAGAGCUUCUUUUCUCUUCCACUUUUUUUUUUUUGGGCCCACUUAAUCUGCAUUCGAGUUCAGCCAAACAGCGUCUGACAGCCUUGCAAGUCGGCGCUCUUGAUUUCUUUUGAACCCAUCCCAUCAUGCUCAAACCCACAGAAAAAAAAGGCUCGUUUCCACCAAGUUGGCAGCAUUCUCCAAACAGUUUCCGUCAGACAAAAAAUUUGCGGCGUGAAAGGAACUACAGAGUCUAGUCAUGAAGUAGGCUUGCCUCCAAACUUUUGUCCAUAUCGUGGAUUUGGGCUUGUUCUGAUCAAUAAAGUCAUCAAUGAUC